UCGAGAAGCUUAGCUUGAUCAAGCCACUCCCCCGCCUGAGCGUCGUCUGCUUCUCCCGCCGGUCCUUUUAUCUCCCUGUAUCCGAAAUAUCAUAUCCGACACCCGUAAGCUCUAUCAAUGUCUUCUGCUUGCGCCUUCCACAGAAUCGUUUUCUUGGAAGAAGUCCAUCGCUCUCCUCACCCUGCAUCAAUGCCCUCGGCGUCAACGUUUUUCAUGGCGCCUCUCUCGAGAAGAGAUGCUCUGCUGAUCUGCACCGCACCAAUAAACCUAGCAGCGUUCUCCCCGGCCUCGUACGCUCGAGAGAGGAGGGUCAGGAAAUCCAUUGCCAUCGAGGACUACAAUACAACCUCUGAAGGACUAAAGUACUACGAUGUUGUUGAAGGGAAUGGCCCGAUAGCUGAAAGGGGUGCUGUGGUCAAGGUGCAUUUUGACUGUAUCUACCGUGGGGUGACAGCUUUGUCCAGUCGAGAAUCUAAACUGCUAGCUGGAAACCGUAUUAUUGCACAGCCUUAUGAAUUUAAGGUCGGCUCUCCACCAGGAAAAGAAAGAAAGCGUGAAUUUAUUGAUAAUGCCAAUGGGCUUUAUUCAGCUCAGGCCGCACCGAAACCUCCACCAGCUAUGUAUACAAUAACUGAAGGAAUGAGAGUUGGGGGUAAGAGAACUGUUAUUGUUCCUCCCGGACUUGGCUAUGGUGCAAAGGGAAUAAAUGAAAUCCCGCCAGAGGCGACAUUUGAACUGAAUCUUGAGCUUUUGGAAGUGAUGAAAACAACAUAGGAAGAACCAAUUUAAGGUUUUUUUUCUUUUCUAAUACAAUGUACUGUUUCUGGUUUCCCUUUCUCCUCCUUGAUUUCUGUGUAGGUUUUUCUAAUCCAACUGUAUUUAAUUAAUUUUCUGUAACAUAACGAUUUAUUUGCAAACUGUGCAAUGAAAAAUCUCAAUUCCUGUAAAAAGUGUGCAUUUCCAUUUCGAAGUUCA